GAUAGAGCUCCCGCCAAAAUUACUAAACUUUAUCUGCCAUUGAAACCUGAAACCACUGAAUUUCUCUUCUUCGUUCUCUGCGAAUAUAUACAACUUUACUUUUAAGAGUGUUAUUUAUAAUAUUGUACAGAAAAUAUGAGCAACGUAGAAUCAUCCUCAACGGGUAGAGCUAAGCGACAAACAACUGAUAAAACUGGAAGACUGUCAGCCUUAGAAAAAUUGAGACAGUUAAAAGGUAGUAAACACAAAUACGAGGUUGAUGAACUGGAAAACGUUUAUGAAGAAGUAGAUGAAAAAGAAUACUCUCGCACAGUAAUAAAAAGGCAACACGAUAACUGGAUCAUCGAUGAUGGAGAAAGCGGUUACGUGGAAGAUGGGAGGGAAAUUUUUGAUGAUGAUUUGGAUGAUGAAAGUAUACAAGAAGCGAGAAAGCAGAAGAUGGUUGGACCAAGGAAGAGUAAAAAAGAUAGCGUUAAAAAGAGAGGAACUAUUCAAAAUAUGAUAAUGAAUAUGCCUACAAAGAAGAAAGCUGAUGUUGGACAGAACGAUGAUGAUAUUUUAAAAGACUUGAUGUCCGACUUGAAGAAGAGCGCGACACCGAAAAAACCUGAAUCAAGAACUCCUAGAAACAAAUUUUCGCUGGCUUCUCAUGCAAAUAACACAAGCACUUGUACAGAAAAAAGUAUGCAAUCUUUCCCUGAACAUAAAAGAGUACAAAAUGACACGGAUGUUGACGAUUUAAGAAUAUUUGACUGUCCAAAGAAGCAACAUGAAAAUUCACAAACUGACUCAACUUGUCAAUUAAAGAAUAUUAAUUUAGAUCAAAGUACCAGUCAGAACAUUAUAGAUGAUGAAGUUACAGAUCAAUUGAAAACUAUAGCACCAGAUGUACAUGCAAAUAAAGAUGUUAAGGAAAAAAGCAGCAGUCAAAUAAUUCAAGAUGACAGUGAAGAUCUUAGUCAAUUUGUUGGCGACUUCUGUAAUGCAGAUUUCGAAAAUGAAAAUAUAAAUUACGUUGAAAAAUCAGUGCCAUCCGUCGAUAAGGGAAACAAAUAUUAUAAACCACUUAUUCAAACAAAAAAUAAGGACAUUGAAAACGAAAUGCUUGAAUCUGAAAUCUUUAAUAAAAUAUUGGAUACAGAAUUUACAAUGCAGACAUCAGAUAUCGAAGUAUCCGUAGACGCUACAGAGUUACCUUUACCGCUUAUAACUAAUGGGAACAAAGAAGAAGUAUUUAGAUUCUAUUGGUGGGACGCAUACGAAGAUCCUUUUAAACAACCCGGAGUUGUAUAUCUAUUUGGAAAAGUUUUUGUUCCAUCUAUAAAAGCAUAUUGUUCUUGUUGUUUAACAGUAAAAAAUAUUCCGCGAAGAAUUUAUCUUCUUCCUAGAGUACACAUAAAAACAUCUUCUAAGGAAAGCGACGAAGAACCAAAAUUAAAUACAAUGGAAGAUGUAUAUAAAGAAUUUAAUGAGUUUGCAAACAAAUCGGGAAUAAAAGAAUUUCGUUGUAGUACAGUUACGAAACAUUAUGCUUUCGAACAAGAGGGUACACCAGCACAGUCCGAGUACUUGGAAGUUAGAUAUUCUGCGCAUUACCCAGCUAUGGCUCCUGAUUAUACCGGACCAUCGGUUGAGCGUGUUUUUGGAACGACAGUAAAUUCUUUAGAACUGCUACUGAUAGAAAGAAAUAUCAAAGGUCCUUGUUGGCUAGAUAUUAAAUGCCCACUGCCAACUGGCGUACAGACUAGUUGGUCCAAAAUAAAAGUAAAUUGCAUGAAAAUGGAGAACAUAUCUGUUUCUUCUGAAUUUGAGUCGUUGCCACCGUUAGUGAUAACAACGCUGAAUGUACGGACAUCUUUAAACUCUAAAUCACAACAAAACGAAGUAAUCAUGAUCGCAAUACUUACACAUUACAAAUAUCACGUUGAUAAAGAACCGCCUAAACCAGCAUUUCAACAACAUCUUUGCUUGAUCACUCAUCCGCGCGACACCCCUUGGCCGCGACAAGCACGAGAAACGCUCUCAAAUAUUUCAUAUACGAAAGUAAUGAAAUUCGAAACCGAAAUGGAUUUACUUGAAGAAUUUUUAACGAUAAUGAACACAACAGAUCCUGACUUAUUAAUCGGAUACGAUUGUGGCUUUCAGUUUGAUAUAUUAAUGCACAGAAUAUUCACUUUAAAGGUUUCGAAUUGGAGUAGAUUUGGAAGACUGAAGCGUACCGCGCCUCCUCUUUUUAAGGGAAAGAUAAAUUUGAACCAAGUGUUAGCUGGUCGUCCUAUGUGCGAUAUACAAGUGUCAGCUAAAGAAUUGAAUCUGAAAGUCAGAAGUUACGACUUGCAGUCUCUCUGUACAGCGGUAUUGAAGAAAAAGGAAAGCGAAUGUAAAGAGAUAAAACCUGGGGAAAGCUCGUCGUUUUAUAGCACAACAGAUAAAAUAGAUAAUUUAAUUAAAAUAACAUUAACGGAAGCAUUAUAUAUUUUAUCCAUUGUAUUCGAGCUGAAUGUUGUGCCACUCGCGCUACAAAUUACAUGCAUCGCUGGGAAUGUUAUAUCGAGAACGCUAACAGCAGGACGCGCAGAGAGGAACGAAUACUUAUUAUUGCAUGCUUUCCAUUUGAAACAUUAUAUAACGCCAGAUAAACGAAUUACACAAAAGGGGAAAAAUGCUGAGAAGAAAGAAAAUACUGGAAGAAAGAAGGCAGCUUACGCUGGUGGUCUAGUUUUGGAGCCAAAAAAGGGAUUUUACGACAAACUUAUUUUAUUGAUGGAUUUUAACUCUUUGUAUCCUAGUAUAAUUCAAGAGUACAAUUUAUGUUUCACGACCGUACCCGGCGCUGCAUACGUUGACAGCGAGGAUUUGUCAUUGCCCGAGUCGAACUUAGAGCCUGGAGUAAUUCCAACGGAAAUUCGUAAAUUGGUCGAAAGCAGAGUAGAAGUGAAAAAAUUAAUGAAAUCUCCAAAUAUUUCACCUGAAUUGAAAAUGCAAUAUAAUAUUAGGCAAUUGGCUUUGAAACUUACAGCUAAUUCUAUGUAUGGUUGCUUAGGUGCAACUCACUGUAGAUUUUAUGCCAAAGGACUUGCUGCCCUGGUUACAGCGAAAGGUAGAGAAAUUUUGCAAAAUACAAAAAGUCUCGUUGAAAAAUUGAAUUACGAAGUCAUAUACGGAGACACCGACUCUAUUAUGAUCAAUACGAAUUUAUUAGAGUACGAGGAAGUUUUCUCUGUUGGCAAAAAGAUCAAACAAGAGGUGAACAAAUUAUAUAAACGAGUGGAAUUAGAUAUCGAUGGUGUCUUCCGCUAUUUACUACUUUUACAGAAGAAAAAAUAUGCCGCAGUAACGAUGACAAAAUUACCUAACGGGCAGAUAGAAUUAACGCAAGAACAUAAGGGUUUAGAUAUCGUGAGAAGGGAUUGGUGUCAGUUAGCUUGCGAUAUUGGAAGAAAAAUUUUGGAUCAACUUCUUUCCGAUCAGUCGAACGAAAACCGAUUAGAACAAAUUUUCAAUAUAUUACAAAACGUCGCGAAAAGCGUUCGAGAAAAUCAAGCUUCUUUGUCGUCGUUGGUUAUUACAAAACAAUUAUCGAAAAAUCCAAAUGAAUAUCCAGAUACUAAACAAGCCCACGUGCAAGUAGCGUUAAGAUUAAACAAAGAAGGUGGUAGAAUGUGGAAAGCUGGAGAUACUGUUCCGUACAUUAUAUGCGACGAUGGGACACAGAAAUCUGCAACUGAGCGAGCAUAUCACAUCGACGAAUACAAAAAGAGCGAUUCUUUAAAAAUAGAUGUUAGCUACUAUUUACUGAGUCAAGUUUUCCCUAUCGCUUUACGAAUCUGCGAACCAAUCGAAGGGAUCGAUGACGUUCUACUGGCCGAAAAUUUAGGUUUGGAAAAUGUGUAUAAAUCUAAGAGAUUGAUACACGAAGAAGAGAACAACGAUAUCCCACUGUUAGUGAACGACGAUAGAUUUAGAUAUUGUCUUCCCCUGAAAUUUAAUUGUACAGAUGAGAAAUGCCAAUCUGAGAUUAUACUCAAAGAUGUUGUCAUCGAAACACAAAUUGGUAAACAAUUAUCGUUAGCUGCAUGUUCAAAUCCAGAUUGUACAGUAAAACCGUGGAUGUACGCUAAUGUUAUACAGAACGCAAUGCUACUCGCUGUGCGAGAAUCAGUUACCGAAUAUUACGGUGGUUGGUUAGAGUGCGAAAAUCCAUUGUGCGCCGAAAGGACACAAACACUUCCGCUAGGUUUUCAUAGAAAAUAUCCAACGUGCAGGAAAUGUAGAGACGCUGAUUUACACAGAGUAUUUUCAGAAACGAAGCUUUACAAUCAGAUGUGCUUUUACCUUCAUCUUUUCGAUGUGAGUCAGUCAAAUUAUAAAAAUCUGUUAUCUCAGUAUCCGCAAAGUAUGAGAACAGCGUAUGAUUCUUUAAAAGAAGCAAUGGAAAAGAUAUUGAGGCGCAAUGCGUUUUCCGUUGUGUGUUUGGAUUCCAUAUUUUCGAGUAUUAAUUCGCAACAUAAAUCGUCAGGUUUAAAUAAUGGUACUCUAGAUAUAUCGGACGCAUCAGACGACGAAGUAAUUUGAAAGUUUUAACAUUUUACCGGAUGAUCAGAAUGGAUGAAACUAAUUCCUAUAAACGCGUCUUAUCGAUCUAAUUUUAUAUUUAUUUUUUAUAUCGAUAUCGUUUUAUCUAUUCGUUAAUUAUUUACCAAAAUUGAAAUACUAAUUAU